AUGGUUUAUAUCAGGCAGCGCAACUUGAAGAAGCUCCACGAGUACAAGUACUCUGGGGUGGAUAAGUCUCUGGUGUCAAGAUAUGUCCUCAAGCCGUUCUAUACCAAUGUUGUCAUCAAAUGCUUUCCCAUGUCAAUGGCGCCCAACCUUAUUACCUUGACAGGAUUCAGUUUUGUGAUUAUCAAUGUCCUUACCAUGCUGUGGUAUAACCCGACACUCGACACCGAUUGCCCUCCCUGGGUCUAUCUAACCUGGGCUAUUGGUUUGUUCCUGUAUCAGACUUUCGACGCCGUAGAUGGCACGCAGGCUCGCCGAACACACCAAAGCGGCCCACUGGGCGAGUUGUUUGACCAUGGUGUGGAUGCAUGCAAUACUAGCCUCGAGGUUCUCCUUUUUGCAGCCUCUAUGAAUCUUGGCCAGUCUUGGAACACCGUCCUCACCCUCUUUGGCACAAUCCUCACCUUCUACAUCCAGACUUGGGAGGAAUACCAUACCCACACCUUGAUGUUGGGUAUUGUUUCUGGCCCUGUUGAAGGCAUCCUGACCUUAGUUGUGGUCUACUUUAUCACCUUUCUUAAAGGCGGUGCGAGUUAUUGGCAGCAGCCAAUGCUGCCCAGUCUCGGUCUCCCUAAGAGCGAUCUCAUCCCGGCCUCUCUUUACCAAAUGGCCUGGAACGAGUGGUAUAUGGUUUAUGGUGGGCUGGUCUUGGUCUUCAACACCGUUAGCAGCGCUUUGAACGUCAUGGACGCCCGCCGACAAAGAGGCCAGGAUCCUUACAAGGCACUCCUUGGUCUGGCUCCUUUUGCUAUCACUUGGAUCUUGAUACCCACCUAUCUCUGGCUGAACCCAGUCAUUCUCCACCGCCACCUUGUUCCAUUCAUCAUAUUCGCUGGCAUUGUGAAUGCCUACUCCGUGGGGCAAAUGAUUGUGGCCCACCUGGUCAAGGAUAAAUUCCCCUACCAAAACGUCCUUGUCAUCCCAUUGGCCUGCGCCAUAGUCGAUAGUCUGGGCCCGACACUCGGACUGUGGCCGAGUGCGCUUGGUGAUGAUGUCUACCAGGUGGCGUUUGUAUUCCUGUCACUGGGACUCGCGCUGGGCGUGUACGGAAGCUUUGUUCACGAUGUCAUAACCACGAUCUGUGACUACUUGGAUAUCUGGUGUCUCACGAUCAAGCACCCUUAUGUGGAAAAUGCCCAGGACGCUGACGCCAAAAAGUCCAAAUGA